ACGUUGCUGCCACUGACAUGGCUACAGCCUCCCCAAGAUCUGGAAUCAGUAAUAAUUGUAAUGGAAGACUACAAAUGCAAGUAACUAUUUCUAGUGCCAAACUGAAAAGAAAAAAGAACUGGUUUGGUGGAACUGCCAUCUAUACAGAACUAGUAGCAGAUAGUGAAGUUAAGAAAACAUCUAAAUCUAACAGUUCGUCAAAUCCAAAAUGGGAUGAACAGUUGACUGUGAAUGUGACUCCACAAACCACUUUGGAAUUUAGAGUGUGGAGCCAUCAUACUCUAAAAGCUGAUGGUUUAUUAGGAAAAGCCACUGUAGAUCUUAAACAAGCCUUGGAAAUACAUAAUAGAAGAUUAGAAAGGGUCAAAGAACAACUGAAACUCUCAUUGGAAAACAAGAGUGGCUUGGUACAAACAGGAGAACUGAUAAUUGUGCUUGAUGGUUUGGUGCUUGACUCAGAAUCACUUACAAACUGCAGUUCACUAACCAUAGAAGUCCAGCAAAAUGGUGAUGCUUUACGUGAAAACAGAGAAGCAUCCACAAGAAUCACUUCCAGAAUAGACAAUCAACCGUCAAGUUCUGUAGUACAGGACCCAUUCCCUACACAUGCAAUUAAUGGAGACAGUGGGGACAGCACACCAUCUGCUUCUCAUAUUGCACCCAGACCCAAAAAUUCAUCAUCACCAAAACCAAUUACAACCCAACCUGGCAACAACAUUGUUAAUUGCGAGCCAUCCAUGAUGGAAGCUGAUAAUUGUUCAGCCUCUGAAACUUUUAUGGAUUCUGCAGAGGUAUCCUCUACAUCUGCAGAUUGCACUACCACUACUAUGGAACCUCCUUCAGCAACAGAAGCUACUAAUACCUCUGAAAGCAGCACAUCUACAACUGCCCCCAGUGUUUCUGCUGGAACUGAAACUGUUGCUUCCACAGACCUUGCAUCUUCAGAUCUGAGAAACAACGCAGUUGCAGAAGCAGCCAAACCAAGGGAUUCUUCAAAUGUGUCUGGGGAAGCUGUAAGACAACCGACUGCUAACAGCAGCGUAGAACCUUUGCCUCCAGGGUGGGAACAGAGAAAGGAUCCACAUGGUAGAACCUAUUACGUUGAUCACAAUACAAGAACUACAACUUGGGAAAGGCCACAGCCUUUGCCACCAGGGUGGGAAAGAAGGGUUGAUGAUCGUGGACGAGUUUAUUAUGUGGACCAUAACACGCGAACAACAACAUGGCAGCGACCAACAAUGGAAUCGGUCAGGAACUUUGAACAAUGGCAGUCUCAACGCAAUCAACUUCAGGGAGCUAUGCAACAGUUUAACCAGCGAUACCUCUAUUCGGCCUCAAUGUUGAGUGCAGAAAAUGAUCCUCUUGGUCCUUUACCACCAGGCUGGGAAAGGAGAGUAGAUUCAAAUGAUAGAGUAUAUUUUGUGAAUCACAACACAAAGACAACACAGUGGGAAGACCCACGGACACAAGGCUUACAAAAUGAGGACCCCCUUCCUGAAGGCUGGGAAAUUAGAUACACCAGAGAAGGUGUUAGAUAUUUUGUUGAUCAUAACACACGGACAACUACCUUCAAUGAUCCUCGUACUGGUAAAUCUACUGUAAAUAAAGGGCCACAAAUUGCGUACGAACGCAGCUUUAGGUGGAAACUGGCUCAUUUUCGUUACCUGUGUCAGUCAAAUGCUCUGCCUAGCCAUGUGAAGAUCAAUGUAUCCAGACAAACACUGUUUGAAGAUUCCUUCCAACAGAUCAUGGCUUUAAAACCCUAUGACUUAAGAAGACGAUUGUAUGUCAUAUUCAGAGGAGAAGAAGGAUUGGAUUAUGGUGGUUUAGCCAGAGAAUGGUUCUUCUUGCUUUCUCAUGAAGUAUUGAAUCCUAUGUACUGCCUGUUUGAAUAUGCUGGAAAGAGCAACUACUGUCUACAGAUAAAUCCAGCAUCAACAAUCAAUCCUGAUCAUCUUUCAUAUUUCUGUUUCAUUGGGCGGUUUAUUGCCAUGGCAUUGUUUCAUGGCAAAUUCAUUGACACUGGUUUUUCCCUGCCAUUCUACAAGCGCAUGCUAAAUAAGAAACUCACAAUAAAGGAUUUGGAAUCUAUUGAUACUGAAUUUUAUAAUUCCCUAAUUUGGAUAAGGGACAACAACAUUGAAGAAUGCAAUUUAGAAAUGUACUUCUGUGUAGACAUGGAACUUCUAGGGAAAGUAACCUCGCAUGAGCUGAAAGCAGGAGGCUCAAACUUGCUUGUAACUGAAGAGAAUAAAGAAGAAUAUAUUGGUUUAAUGGCAGAGUGGCGGUUUUCACGAGGAGUACGAGAACAAACCAAAGCUUUCCUUGAUGGAUUUAAUGAAGUUGUUCCUCUUCAAUGGCUGCAGUAUUUUGAUGAAAAAGAACUGGAGGUUAUGCUCUGUGGCAUGCAAGAGGUUGAUUUGGCAGACUGGCAGAGGAACACUGUUUACCGUCACUAUACAAGAAAUAGCAAGCAAAUAAUAUGGUUCUGGCAGUUCAUAAAAGAAGCUGACAAUGAAGUUCGUAUGCGACUGCUACAGUUCGUCACUGGUACUUGCCGAUUACCACUGGGAGGAUUUGCAGAGCUUAUGGGAAGUAACGGUCCUCAGAAAUUCUGCAUUGAAAAGGUUGGCAAGGAGACGUGGCUACCAAGAAGCCAUACAUGUUUUAAUCGUUUAGAUCUGCCACCCUAUAAAAGCUAUGAACAGCUAAAAGAGAAGCUGCUUUUUGCAAUUGAAGAGACAGAAGGAUUUGGACAAGAAUAAAAAGCAAAUUCUAUUCAAAGUGAAGUUAUUCUUUAACAGACAGGCCGGAGCAACUAAAUUGCACAGCUAGUUGGUAUAUAAGCUGUUUCUUCUGUACAGUGAUUUUUUUGAACUCUCAAAAGUUCUCUGUUCUUCCACAAAGAUAUGCAAAACAGUUCAACUUUCUCUACUUUAUUUAUUUUCCCCUCAGAGACUGGCCAGAAUAAAAUUGAAACAGAAAGACUUUAUUUAAAAUGUGUGUAUAUAUAUAAAUACACAUCAAUGAGCUCUAGUUUUAUAGAGCUUUGAAACUUGCAUCACAGCCAUUCGGAAGAGUCAGGAAGUUCUUGGCUUUAUACAGAAAAAUGUCCAGACGGCUCUGUGUUCUCACUUAUGCAACAUCUCCAAGAUUAUUUCUAUUGCAUGGCUGUUAUAAAGGUGUUAAAGGCUUAGGCCAAAU